GCCCACACCCACCUGCUCUGCCCCUUUUUAUGGCGCCAAAGCACGGGCCUCCUCCGGCCAUCUCCGCGCGCCAAGCUUGAGGCUUGAGCCCGCCCUUCUCCCCUGCUCCGCACCGCGCGCUAAAUGACGAUCGGCUCCGGCGCGUCCGCCAGCGUCGUCGUCGUGCCCCGCAACUUCCGGCUGCUGGAGGAGCUGGAGCGCGGCGAGAAGGGCAUCAGCGACGGCACCGUCAGCUACGGCAUGGACGACGGCGACGACAUCUUCAUGCGCUCAUGGACCGGCACCAUCAUAGGGCCGCUCAACUCCGUGCACGAGGGGCGCAUCUACCAGCUGAAGCUCUUCUGCGACAAGGACUACCCCGACAAGCCGCCCACCGUGCGCUUCCACUCCCGGAUCAACAUGACCUGCGUCAACCCUGACACCGGACUGGUUGAAGGCAAGAAGUUCCACAUGCUGUCGAAUUGGCAGCGGGAGUACACCAUGGAAGACAUCUUGACACAGCUGAAGAAGGAGAUGGCCGCGCCGCACAACCGCAAGCUGGUUCAGCCCCCGGAAGGAACCUUCUUCCAGUAACCGCCGUCAGCUUCGAUCGAGAUGAAGCAUCAAGUGCAUCUAGUACUUGUGUCAUGUUCCCUUAAAUUUCACGUGUCAGUAAGUCACAGAUCACAAAGGCAUGCACCGGAUCGGAGCAGAGCUGGCACCCCAAUUUGGUGACCUGAAGUUGUUGUACGUACUGUAUUUGUGCAUGGUGUGGUGCUAACUUCAUUUGGUAAUGGUCCUUGUUGCUAGUUUCUACAUAUAUACACUAAGCUUGGCUCCAUGUGGUUUACAAGUUCUGCCUGGUUUGAACACUCAGAUUGGAUUGAAUAACACAAAGGCUCCUGGUAUGUGGGGUCUCGACGGAA